GUAUAACAGGUCUUAUCAGUAUUAUGAAUGUCGCAGCUCUAGAUGGCAGCUUUACAGUUCAAAAACCCGAUUUUGGAAAGAUCUUUUCAUUCAAAUGCCGGUUAGAUAUCAAAAAUUUGACCGUGAGCUUUUUUUCGACAGCACAUUUCAUUGGUGGGGCAAAGAUGACAAUGAAAAUGCUUUCUUAGUUUCUUUUGAAUUCUAUAGUAAGCAGUUUAUAACCACCCCGUCACCGUUGGACUUUUUAGAUGUCGUUGAUAGGUAUGAUGUGAAUUUGAACAUGAUAAACAGAGCGGUGACUAUUAUCAUGAAUCUGAGUGGAUCUAAUCUCUUUGAUGUGUUGUUAUUGCUAGAGCCGGGCAUCCAAGAAUCUUGGAUGAAAUUAUAUAAUUUCAGCCUCGGACACAUACCGAGCACUUGUUACCCAAUUGGAAUGGGGAAGAAAGGGGAUAUAUUCUUCUUCAUGAAAGAGCAUCAAAAUGAUAUUGGUUCCUAUAGUCUUAAGAAUGAGCUAUUCGAAGAUAAGGAAAUUGAGGGAGGACUCGGAUUUUGUCAAAUUGUUUUGUAUAAGGAACCAGACUACAUCUUCCCUUUCCCUUUUACUACACCUGCUGUGAGAAGGCCUCCUGCAGUUUCCCCUCGCCAAAAGAAACAAGUCAUGGUUUUUCCUGAGGAAGAAGCAGAAAUUAACAAGGUUGAAGAAGAGGAUAAGUUGCAGACUGAAGUAGAGAGCUCAGAGUUGCAGACUGAAGUAGAGAGCUUAGAGUAUAUCCAUCAUGUUGGGGAUGUAGGUGAGAACCCAAGUUUUUAUCUGCACGGCAGUUUUGAGACAUCCGAUCCAAAAGAAGCAGAACCUAAACUAUAUGGUGGAAUAGAAAAUAAGGAACGCUUUGGAGCCGAAGAAGUUACAGGGUUUUCUGCCCUAGAAGAAGUUCCUCAGGAAGUCGCUGACCAAGCUAUUGGCGCUUUAGCUGAUGUGGUCUCUAGUGACAUUUCUAUGGAAGUUGCGGAGCAAGAGCUUGCGGACUUGUCUGUUGAAGCAUCUGAAGAAGUUUUCAAGGGGACUCCCGAACAAGUUAGCGUUGGAUUGUCUGUUGAGAGAGAUCAUUACUGAAACUCACAAAAUACUUGGAACUAUAGUAUAGAGGGCUCUCUGGUAGACUCCCAGUCCCACAUUUCAGAAUGCAUAUAGUCUAGCAUAUUAGUGAUAAAUGACUUGAGCCAAAACUAACAUUUUUCUCUAAGUACACAUAUACAUAUUGAAAAUGUGAAUACAAUUCAAUAAAUUCCUCUUUUGAAGUUU